AUGGUUAUGGAUUUAUUAGAAGGUAAAAGUUUACAUGAUGAAUUAAAUAAUCAUAAAAAUGGAUUCCCUGAAGAUUCAGUAAGAAAUAUCAUGUGGGUAAUUAAAUUCAGCAUACUUUAUAGCAAAUCCUUAGUGGAAUUGAAUAUAUGCAUGAUAAGUAAAUUAUGCAUAGAGAUUUAAAACCAGAAAACAUUAUGCUUAUGAGAAAGGAUGAUUUAAAUUCUCUUAAAAUUGUUGAUUUUGGUUUGGCAACAUAUUGUAAUGUAAAUAAGUAUUUUUAUAAUUUUAAUUAAUUAGAUAUUUAUUCCCUAAAUGUGGUACUCCUGGUUACGUUGCUCCAGAAAUUGCUAAUCUAACUGAUAAGACUUUUAAAUAUGAUAAAGUUUGCGAUAUUUUUAGUGCUGGUGUUAUAUUUUUUAAAUUGUAAUUUAUAAUAUAUAAAUUUAAGAUUAACAGGAAAGGAUCUUUUCCCUGGAGUUGGAUUUAAUUUAGUUUUAAAGUUGAAUAAGUAAUGUAAAAUUGAUUUAACUCCAUUGUAAAUGAAAAAAGUUGAUCCCUCUAUUACUGUAAUUUUUAUAUUAAAUUUUAGACUUUAAUAUAGAAAAUGCUUGAAAAAGAUCCUGCUUAAAGGAUUACUGCUACUCAAUCAUUAUAAGAUCCAUUUUUUAUGCCUUGUUAUCAAGAAAGUGGCAUUUAAGGACCAGCUAAAUUAACACCAUUUCAAAAAAAAUAAAUGUUUUCAACUUGUGGAAAAGCUUUCACUACUGAAUUUUAAAAUGAAAAUUAAAAAGGAAGUCCUCAAGAUAGAAUUGAAAAUAAGGGUUCCUUUGUUACAUAAGAUAAUACUUAUAGACCAAUUUAAUAAAGCCAAUAGAAAAUUAUCUAGAAACUUAAUACUACCGAAUUUAAUCAUAUUGAUCAUACUUAAAGUCCAUCUAUGGAUCAAGUAAAGUAGAAAUUUUAAAAAGGUGAUCCUAUAGAAGAAGAAGAUGAAAAAUGA